UCCGAUUGGUACAGUAAGUUCCGAGGAUUGCCGAAUUCAGAAACAAAUACAACAACAACAACACGAGUAAUGUUACAAAACAUGAAUCAGUGUAACUAUCAAAAAGUUCUAUUAUCAACGACGUUAUGGAGACCUUUAACAUCCCAAUUUCGUAUGAAAUACACGAGAAUAUGUAUAUUAACCCCAAGCCAAUUGUCAACAAAAAAUAAUUUGUUAUCAUGCAGGAUGACAUUGAAGAGAAGUUAUGAAAGUGGAACCCCUAAACCUAUACCCAAAAAGUUUAGGAAAAAGCUUUUACCGUUUGAAGUUGAAGGAAGCUCCAAAGAUGUUUUACUUUUUUCUUUCCACAGAAGAGACCGAUUUUUUAGGAAUAUUGGAUUUGCUGGAAUUUUCUUGUGUAUAGUGUUUUUGAACAGUGCAGAUGUGAUGUACAAGUGUCUUCGUCCUGUUGAACUUGAAUCACUAGACACAGAAUAUCCAUGGUAUUACUGGUGGAGAAAAGUAGAUUUUGCAUCGCAACAUGUACGAUUAAGAGUCUCUGGUUUUGUGGCAAUGUUUGGAUUUGUUGUGCUUGUUUGUUCAAUGCUAUACCCCACUAGAUUUAUUCGUGAAAUAACUCUGUUGAAAGGAGGAGAGAGGAUAAAACUACAAACAUUUCUACCAUUUGGGAUAGCAAAAUCACGUGAGAUAGCUUUAAAAGAUGUAUCUGCACAAGCUGGACCUGCUGAUUCUAAAAAUUAUUUUCAUCUGAAAGUAAGAGGUAAAAAAUUUAAUCUGGUUGUAGACCAGACUGGAACAUAUCAUAAUAGAGCACUUUUUGACAACACUGUAGGACUAUCUAGGAAAGUUGAUUAAUAGUUUUACAUUGUCAAUUGUCCUAUCUCUAUGUUAUUGUUUGAUUAAAAAAAAACAUCCUUGAUACAUAAGUGUAAAAUAAACUUAAUAAAAAUUGAAGCUUUUAAA